CCCGAUAUAGGAGGCAUUGUACUCGGCCAAGCAGCGUCAGGCUGGGUUCCAGGUGCUGGAGGGCAGUAGAGGCCGACUCGCCACAAGUCGGGCACACACGUCGCUUGCACUUCCUCUUCGGCAGUUGGUGCGUGCCAUCCUGCGAGCGCCGGUGAACCCGCGGCUAAAUCGCGGCCGAAUUCUCUCUCUUUCUCUCCUUCGUUCGUUCUGGUUCUGUAGAGCUGGCGUGGGAGGCGAAGAGAGGAGAGCGCGAGUGACUGACAAAGGGAUAAAAAGAGAGGGCAAGAGAGUGAGUGAGGGAGUGAGUGAGUGAGAGAAACGGAGACUUCCUCCCAACGGGUACUCUCGCGUGUCAUUAUCCGCGUAGUGUCAUAAACACCGCAGUGUGGCUCGUCACUGGGUCGACCACGAGUCACCGUGGACCCGCUCUCGGCUUCGGGGAUAUUGGAGCGGAUCUCCAGCGGCAGGACGAGCACCGCGAGAAACCUGUUCGAUGCUCCGAUCCUGACUGACGCGAGAAGAUACCCAGCUCAUCAGCCGGGUACCCAGGAGAAGCGGCCGAACAUUGGCGGAAACUACGCGGAGAAGCUCGACGAUCCUGCUGAUCCCUCAAGGAAUUUUCGCCGCUUCGGGGAACGUUUCUCUCUUCGCGGUGCAACUAUAAGAAAUACUCGGCGGAAUAAGGAAUAAACUGAAGAAAGGACCGUCAGUGAAUACCGCCAUGUUACGAGGGAUCGAUUCUAUAAAAAUUCACCUGCAGCACGGUCGAAAAGCACAGUAGAAAUCCUGAGGAGCAAUCGUGAGAGGAGAAAGAGGAAACAAGAGCGAGACGAAGAAGAAGGGAUUCGUGAAUAAUCCUUAAAGCAUUUGAUUCUGCGUCCGAAAAAGAAUUCAAAAACCAAUUAGAUUAAUCUCCGUUCUUGAACUCUGUCCACGGAGCUUUGAAUUUUCCUUCAAGAAGCACGUGUGGAGUAACCACGAAAUGCUCGACUAACCGUACCUCGGGGAUCCGGUAACCUCUCUUGUAAUUGGGUUCGCCUUGGAAAAUUACGGAGAAAAUUGUCGAGCCACUUGCGACGAAGCUGAAGAUUCAUGAAGAUCCCGAGGUUGUUCACAACAGAGUCGAUGUUCGAUAAAUCUCGAAUGAGUCGGACGAGAAUGUGCAAGUGCGAACGCAUUUUGAAAAUCUCUACCAACUCGCGCGCUGAAGAACACACUGUGUAACGGCUCGACCAGAACUUCGUCGGACGUUCGGCUGCGCAUACUCUCGCGGCGAGUGACUCUAGAAAACAAAGAAGACACGGGGAAAAACGACCUUCGUCCCUUGACCGAUUGCUCAUACUGACUCUCGUCGCAACGUUUUGCCGUUGCAGCGUCGUCGUCGUUGUCAUCGCGGAGAAAGCGGAACGAACGCGCAGAGAGCAACAAACCCCAGCGCGGGUUGCCUCUCAUUGACCCAGCAGAACGGCGCACAACACACUACGUCGGCGACAACACGUGCGAGAAGGUCGAGGAUCGUAUCAUGAGCGCGACUGUACUGCCGAAUUUGCGACACUUGUGAACCGACAUUUGCGCGGUUGAUAUCACGCGCGCGCGAUCCGCUGUGACAACAAUCGCGAAAUAUCGAGGUGACGGUCGGAGUGUCGAUAACAACAGAGUCCAGUGUUCAGGAUAUUGUUUUCGAAUUUCGGCGCCCCACGUGUGACCGGCGAGAGUGACGCGCUCACGUGCGCACAACCGCGCCAGGGAUAACGAGCGUCUGCACGUGAGCGAAGUGUGUCGCGACGCUGUCGAGGAUAUAAAUGGUCCCGCGCAUAGAAUACGCGCGUCUCGCCGAAGCAGCUUCGAUUUCACGGAUAAGGGAGAACGCGAGUCGUCAUGGAGCCGGUGAAAGCAAAAAUGACUCCCGCAGGAGCGCCUUCGUCAAAUGGAGUUCUACCACCGCCUAUAGGAUCUGUCAUGACCGGAUCGUCGUUGGCCAGCUAUAAGAGAACUUGGUGGAGAGGAGUGGCCCCCUGCUUGGCUUUCCUUGGAGCUUUUUCCAUCGCCAUGGCUUUACUACUCGUUUGGAGUGAAGCCGCUGCUCUGAGGAGGCAGGCGUUCGAUGCGAACAUGACCAGGGACUACGUGCUCGACAGUGUUUCGAUGGAUAAUCCGCAAUUGGUCGCUUACAUACGGCAGGUGCACUUGAAACCCACGACGCAUCAGGAUCCGUUGAACGCCACGCAAACGUUGGAGGAGAAAUACGUAGCCACUUUAUCACAGAGCAAGCGCGAGGGAGUCUAUGCAGAAUACAUCAGCAGGAUAGGUGCGAUCUCCAGCACCGCUUGGCUGGAAGCCAAUCUGAGCUGGCGCGGUGUCCUGAUACUCACCGAGCCUAAGAGCUUCUUCGAGGCGCAGCGCAGCACCAGGAAUCCGCGCACCAGGGUUAUCCACGCGUGUCUCAGCACGGACAAGGAUACCAAAGAGAUCAAAUAUCAUCAGGAGUCGGAGGUCCAGGUGACGAAGUUGGGCGACGGUCCUAACAGUCUCGUGCCGUCGGACGACAGCUUACCUACUACCAGACUCAAGUGUUUCCCCUUGUACAGUGUGUUGUUGGCGUACAACGCCACGACGCUGGAUUAUCUGAGUCUGGACAGUCCCGACGCUCCUGAUGGCCAGGUGCUCGACACCAUCCCCUGGGACAUCAUAAGAAUAUCGGUCCUGUCAAUACGCUGGAGCCCCCAUCACAGCGACACAGAGACAAAGAGCUUCAUCGAGAAGAUGACCAGCCGGCGCUACAAGCUCGUUCACACGACCGACACCGGGAAGUGGAUAUUCCUCUACAAUACUCUGCUUAAGAUUUGAACCUUGACUCAGGUGAAUGCGGCAGACUUUUUCGCGCCGUGUCGCAGGACGAGACAUAUGUUUAAGCAAAUCGGGACACCUCGACGAAUCCUCCUCUACGUUCUGUUUGUCCGUCCUCGAAUUUUUUAUCCGUUUUUCUCUCUCUUCCUCUCUCUCCUUUUCUUUCUCUUUCUCUCGUUCUACAAGUACUUGAUUCGAAUACAAGUUUUACUUGAUGAUCUCUCGUGCGAUCUCAUCCGAGGACAAUCCGACUCGCCGCUGACGUGGCAAGGAUACUGGAAGCGAUCGAUCGCGCAGUUGUUUGCCGUCGAAUUUCGGAGGUGGUAGUUCAGUUUCUCGUGUCCCGUUGAGCUAUGCUCGACACACCACGGGUGAGCCUGUCGAUCCCGCGAUUUGUGGAAUAACACUUGGCCGUGCGAUAACCAAGCAUCACCGACCGAAUCUCCGGGGACUCGCGGGCUCGCGAACUUUAGUUAGGGUCGCCGUUGAGGUCGACUGAUGACGGCGCGUAAUGGCUAUAUUUUGCACGACUCAAAAGAGUUUAAAGAGCCAAAAGUAAUAAUAGGCGAAAUAACAAUCGCGGAUUCGAAGUUCUUCCGCAACGUUGAAUUGGAGUAAAGUUUCGCGAGGUUCUCGCGGUAGUUUCGAGGGUGUCUCGUGAUAUCGAAUUGUAGUCUAACCGUCCAGAAGCUUUCGGGAAGACCUAACCUCGGCAUUUCGUGACUCCGGACUGCAUAAAAAACUCAAGGACUCCCUUAAGUCCUCCUUACAUGGUCUCCUUAUUCGAGAGUUUGUUCUCAGGGGAGGAAAUUGUUCGAAAUUACCUAAAAUCCUCAGGAGGCAAAUCCACCUCGGUGGUCUGCAUGGAGAAAAUGUUUGAUUAGGUUAACCAAAUUUCUGGUGAAGAAAAAUAUGAACAAGUAAGAGAAUUCAGAUUGAAGUUAUUAGGACUCUGUUCAAGUUAUCAGAAAUCUUGUUAAUCUAAGCUGCGUUUGCAAGACUCCACCCGACGUGUAGCAUUCAAUCGAGCAAUCAGAACAAAAAGAACUAAGACUUCUUUUUCAUGAUUGGUUAAUUGAAUGUUAUUCUACCUGCCAAAUAAGGUUUUGGAACGUAGUCCUGAACAGAAUUUUGGUAACAUCAACUGGAAUUUUUGGUUUGUUCAUAUUUUACUAGGCAUUUGGUUGAUUCAAUCAAACUUUUUUUUUAGUUCUAUACUGUUAUUGGUUAAUAUUUGCGUGUCAAUCGUGAAACAGUGAGGUCCAUUAGACACUAUAAAUACUUUGAAGCGCCAUAUAUGGAUCAACCAUGACUAUUCUUUAAGCAUUUUAAAAUGUAUGAAGCGUCUAGUGGAGAUCGCAAUGAAUAUAUACUGGGAGCGCUGCGAUUUUCCUCUCUUCCCUCGACGAAGCGAACAAAAUACACAUUGACACCAUAAUCGAUGCGUUAUACGCGCGCGCGCGUAUCUUUUGUUGCGAUUAAUGAGAAAUACGUGAGAGUGUUCUCAUAAUUUCGCGAAUCCUCAAAUCGAGGGACAUGCAUUAUUCUAAAAAAUCAAAAUUUCAAUAUUCAACAAUUGAAAUUUACAGAAAAGUUAAGAUAUCUGAAUACCGAUACAGCAUCUCAAAAUACAAUUUUCUUGAAGUAUACAGUUGCUUGAGAAGAAACUGUUAGUCCGAAAAUAGUAUACAGAUAUAUUAAUAUUUAUCAAUUUGGAUACAGUCUUGUUGUAUGACUCAAGUAAACAGAUACACGGGGAAAAAAGAUUAGUUAAUUUGACAAUGAACCAAUGAAACGCGUUUUAGUUAAAGGAAACAAUUUCUAGUUUAUAAUUUCCAAAUUUGUUUAAAAAAAUCAGAAAUUCUGUUUUCUUCAGGAUAUCUGGCUUAUAAUUUUACCGAAUUUGGUUUUAGCAACCAAAAAUUUGAUUUCCUUCAGAAUUUUGACUUAGAAUUUCUAGUUCAGAGUUUUUGAUCCAAAACAGAUUUUUUAUUCUUAUGAACCAAAUUUGAUUCUAAAAAUCAGAAAUUCUGUUCAAAGAAUUGGACAAUCUCUAUUCUUGCGACAAUACGCCUGUAUCAACCAAGGUCUACCAAGGCAGAUCCGAAAAAAUAAACACGUAUUGUUUAUUUAUUGCUGACUAGUGGUGUCAUCUUUCCUAUAGUACUUAUUUAUUAUAUCACAGUACACGUUAACCUAUCAUUUAUUAUAUAUAUAUAUAUAUAUAUAUAUAUAUAUAUAUAUAUAUAUAUAUAUAUAUAUAUAUAGCAGAAUAUAUCGUUUCAUAUAUAAUAACAGAUAUGUUAACGUGUACUGUGGUGUAAACAAAUACUACAGUAUAGAUGAAACCACAAGUCAACAAUAAAUAUGAAAUACAUGUUUGUCUCUUCGGACCUGCUUUGAUAGAUCUUGGUUGGUACAGACGUAUUGUGUUAGUAGUUAAUAUCAGAGAGUUUGAAAAAAAAAAUCUCUGUUCUUACAAAUUCUGUUCUAAAAAUGAGAAAUUCUGUUUCUUUCAAAACACAUUUUGUUCGUUCAUUGUUCAGUCAAUCUUUUUUUUCUGUAAAUUGAUGCUAUACUUGAACAAAAGGAAAUUUCUGUUUCUUAUGAAUCAAAACUUUGCUUUUCUCUAACCAAAACACGUUCAGUUAUGGCAUUGCCACGUUAAUUGAAUCAAUCUUUCUUUGUACUAAUGCACCCGAUUACAUAACGACGUAAUCCAAAUAUUUUAAUAAAGUAAUAUUUCCAGAGAUUGUUUCUCGGUAUACAUAUUUCAAUAUUUGACUUUGCAGGAAAUUAUGCUACCUUUUAAAUUUUGGUACGCUUUUUCAGAACAAUGCACGUCUGCUUCAAAUAUAUUACUAUCCCCGCGUACGCUUCAUCGCGUUAUAAUGAUCUCUUUUCUUCUUUUUGUUCUUUCUUCGGUUAUCAAUAAGCUACGUGUAUUGAUGAUUGAUCACUGACGAGCUAUACACAAGAGGCUCUUUUGAUUCCUCUACUUGUGUAAAGCAACGCGUGAUUGAUGACUGAGAUUCCGCGGGAAUGCGGGUGACUGAUUUCCGGAAUCCCCGUAACUUUUCGACUCUUCGCGUGAUAAGACUUGCGCGACAUCGUCAUGUCACGUCACAUCACAUUACGUUAUGUUACAUUACGUUUUGUUCAUCUCAUACAUAUCGCGCGCGCGCGUGCGACUUAACGAACGAUUCGUCGUGCGAUUAAUCUUAAGCGAUUAAGCAGUUUACGAGUGAUCAAUCACGAGUGAUUAAGUAGUUAUCUAAAUCCACGCGAUAAAAACAAGAGGGAUACGUUAUAAAUAACGGAUUUCUCGUACGUACAACACGGAUGUUGUAAUAAAGUGGAAGACGAUGUUCUUCGUUAGAUUAAAGGGGUUCAUGCGUGACGCAAUGCGUUUGCGUCAGUCCCAACGUAGGUGGAAUGCUUCGCAAAAUCAAAGUCUCAAAAUUGAGGAAUAGCGGCAAUUUCUAAAAAAAUCACGAUAUCAAGAUUCUAAUACCGAGACAAUUUCUCGAGUUACAAUUGUAUUGAAAUAUUAGAAGCAUAUAAUUUUUGAGACUAAUGUUUCAGUGGAAUUGUAAAAUUAUGAAAUAGUGAAAUUUUUCAAUAUUUCGGUAAAUUUCAGCAAAUUGCAUUUCUAUAUUUUGGAAAAUUUUGCUUUCAAUACUUCGGUUAAAUUGUAUUGCGGCAGAUUGUCUUGGUAUUCAAAUUUCGAUAUUGUGACUUUUCAGAAAAUUGUCCACUCUCUAAAUUUUACAUUUUUUUUGGUACAUUUUUUUCGGGACAAUGCACAUCCGAUCUAUUGUACGUUUGACUUCACGUCGCAAGGUCGAUUUUCGCACAACAAGUCAUACUGUUGCUUUGUGAGUACAUACUCGCGACCAGAUAAAUUGUCCGCUAUUUUGAUGUGAAUUUUGGAACGCAUUCGUCUUGUCCAGUGGGAGAACUCUCCUGUUAGAAAAUAAAUUCUCACACAAGACAGGAUAAUAUGUUCCAAUACUAAUAAAAAAUAGCGGAUAAUCUAUUAUAUCGCAAGUAUACAUACUACACACAUAAUGUAGUCUCAAUAUACAUGUCUUUGGUAAAACGAAGAGAGAGGCAAACAGGGUAAUUUUUUUUGUAUCUGCGCAGUCGUUUGUCAACGACUAUCGUGAAGACACACAGACUCUUGUCCAAGAACAUAUAUUCAUGAUUAAAUUAUUUCAUUAUUUGAACAAAAGUCACUUAUGUUUAAUUAAAGAUACUUAUGUUUAAUUAAAUAAAAAUGUGUGCUUGAAAGAAAAUAUAGAAUUUACAUAACCCGUUAUCACAGAAAGGUGGGGUCUAAGAAAUCCCAUACAUUUCGUUCUCUUUAAAUCUUUGUCUUCAGAAUUUUCUUCUGUCAGUUGUUAUCAAAUUUCAGUAUUCUAUAGAAUUAUAAGAAAUAUAUUAUAAGAUUUGAGAAAUUAUAAAAAAGAAUUAUAAACAAAGAAGGAAAAACAAAAUUCAUCACAUUCCACUUUUUUAACAAGAUAAUUAUGUGCGACAUUCUAUGAUACAUUUAGGUUAUUAUCAUUUGCCGGAUAUUAUGCGCAACAAAGAAUAGAAAUUUACUGAUGUUUCGCUUUUCUCUUCAUUCUGCCAUAAAGAAGAAUGUGGCAUGUAGUCUAUCUUAUGUAUCUAUGGUACAAUAUGGAGACUGUCCGAUAGUUCUCUCUGCUACACUUGCGCGUUCUGCGCAUCCUCUAUUUUGAUUUCCGCAUAAUAACAAUGGCUCGCAAGAUUCACGGUAUUUUCACAUAUCUGAGAUUCACCUUUGGCUUCUCUCCCGCCCGCCUCCUGCUAACGACUACGAGAGAGAGCUUUGCUAGAAUGGAACGUAACGCGUAAUUAAAUUUACUCUCUCAAAAGGAGGAGAAAGAAUCCUGUAAGCGCAGCGGAGAGCAGAAAAUUUAAUCAAAUAUAUAAUCUUUCCCGCGCGACUGAACUGUCGACGAAUCGCUCUUGGCUCUCUGAUCAAUGACGAUCGCAUUAUCUCGUCGUAUGUGAGAUUUCCGCGUAAAUUGCGAUUUCGUUUUUGCGAUAUGAGAAUCUUGUCGGGAUAAUUCGCAUCUCUUGAGGGUCCCGCGGAUCUCGAAAGAGAGAGAGAUGGAUAGAGACCGACCUUUCUCCCUUCUUUUUAUUUUGACUGACAAGGAAGGCUUUUUCGAUCUAUUCCUGAAACGCCAAUCACUCGAUAAUAUAAGAGAUGUAUACUAAGAGGUUAAUUUGGCAAUGUUUCGAGCGAACAUUAAUAGAUGAGCAAAGGUAUACUUUGGAAGUAGUUUCAAGGUAUUUUCCAAAAAAUGACGGAUCACGUUUUGACAGAUUCGAACACGUAGGAUAGAGACCGUCGGGCGACCUUCCGACUCGAAUUAUCAGGACGCAGGGACGGUGAUUUCGAGAUCCGAGGAGCUGAGUCGCUUAUUAAUGGAGAGUGAACGCUCCAAACUCAAUCUCGAUAAAUCCAGCUCAAUCGCAGGAGAGCCGAGAAAGUGAGAUCCAAGAAAUACGUCCGUCAUCUGCGAUCCCUUUCAGAGGAACUACACUAAAAAGCGAGCAAGCUCUCACCUCUCGCACGAUUUUUACUGGUAGCUCGUUUUAACCUAAGGUAAGCCAGCAACCGCACUCUCAGCGCGUUUUUAUUAAGGAUGUGUUGACUCGACCUUUUAAUGGGCAUUGCGCGCGUGCCGGCCGCGUCGCCGCAUAUGCGCCAAUGUUAUCACAUGCUGAUAAGCGAGUGAGUUGACUUAGAGUAUUUUCCGCGGUUCUCCGCACUCGCCGAUUCCGUGUAUUUAGCGGCUUCAGUGUAACCGGUUGAUCGUAUCAACCGGAAUGUCCAUCGUAUCGAUUCAGAUCGUAUCGAUUCAGAUCGUCAUUCAGAUCGCAAAACAGUGUUAGAUAUCAGUCGAUUAAAACUUUUGUUGAUUAAAUAAAAUAAUAAUCGCCAAAUCAAUAAUCGUCAUACAGAGAAGAACGUUUGGCACUCUGCCUUUUUUGGCACUUUUAUGGCGUGGAUAUUAUCAAAUAUUAAGUUGAAUAACGGUUUAAAGAAAAUAUAUAAUGAAUAAUAAUUUAUGAAUAAUUAAUAAAUCUCUAUACAUAAAAGAAGUUAGUAAAAUUCGAGCAAAAGUGCCGGAAAGUGGCAAGCGUUGUAAUGAAUAUCGAUUAUUGGACGCUUUCCUUUAUAUAAUCACAAUUUAAUCGAUUGAUGAAAUUAAUUAUUAAUUAAACUCUGAUUUAUUACUAAUCAAUCAAUUAAAUUAUGUGUGAUUAUACUGAGAGGGAUUAUCUGGUAAAAAAUUAAAAAACGAUAUUUCCAAUCAAAUUCUGAUCAAUUUAUACAUCUAAUUAAAUUUAGUCGGAUACUUCUGAUCAUAAUGGCAUUAAUAUUCGUUUGUAAAUUUUUUAAUUUAGUUUUUUAUCGGAUAAUUUCCCUCACAAUAUGACGAUUGAUUCAUUCGUUAUUUCAGUCAACUAAAAUUUUAAUCAAUUAAUGCCCAACACUUCACUAUUACUUUAGCAAUAGUCGCGCAUUCGUGUGAAUUCAUUUGGCUUUUGGGGAUUUCAUGCAAUUUGAAGAAGGAAAAUGUUACCACGUAUAAAGUGCGGACGCUCGAUUGUAUUUCUUGGUAGAGAUGUAUUAUUUUCACGUUGCGCGAAUUUUAGUUACGCGAUAAUUUUCCGGACGACGCGAUAAUUGUUUGCGUUUCUGUGGCGCGCGUUUAACGUUUAGAGACUUGGCAGUCCGUUAAUUCGAGUUCAAAUUGUACAUUGAAUAAUCAAGAGCGCGGAGCGAGAGGCGUCCACAGCGUUAUGAUGGGUCUUUUGAGAGCCCGUCACGCAAUUAUUACGAUUGUUAAGAGCACAAUAUUCAGUACGGUAGGUACUUAAUAAUUUCUCGAUUCUCUUCGCUCAUCGAUCAUCACUUCGUCGCGACGAUCAUCGUGCCUUUUUCAUUUCUUAAAUGCAAUCGUGGCAUCUCAAUCUCACACAAAGUGCGACGAAUAGGUAUUUUUGUUCUUUUCUUUUGUCCUAUCUGAAACUGAUCAUCCACGUGAUAUUAAUGAUAUUGCUGGCAAAUCAACCGGUUGUUGUAGACAAUUCAAUUUCACGUCACUCGAGAAUCGAAGAACGUAUAUUGGACACGCGUUAUCCCGAAAAAUAUCGAGAUCUCGAAUAAUUUCUCGAAAAGUCACAAUAUUGAAGUCCGAAUAUUGGCACAAUAUCUCGAAAUUUUUCUGAAGUAUAUAAUUAUUCCGAAGAGGAAUUAUUACGUCGAAAACAGUACACAUACACAGAAAGAAUCAAUAGAAUUGUUCAAAAGCUCUGUAAGAAAAUCUUUUGGAUUAACAGCAAUAUUAUUGAAACUAAUACUCAAAUUAUUAAAACAAUAUAUUAAUCGCAAUGAUAUUGCUUUUGGAUCAUGAAGAUAUACUCCAAUUAUGCUGCUGUUGACUAAUUCCAUUGAUACAAUAGCAAUCCCGUGCAGGGCUGCUAAUAUCUGACCCUAUCUAAGAGUACUCUUGUCGUAUUCAAAUGAGCAGAUACUGAUGCAUCUAACUGUGUGUACAAUUAGACAGUUCCAACAUUUCGAUAAAAUCGUAUUUUGAGAGAUUGUUUCGAUAUUAUGAUUUUUCAGAAAAUGAUAUGUGUGCCUGCUUUUUAAAUUUCGGUACAUUUUUUGGGACAAUGCAUAUCCAUCGAUUCAGAAAUGUUGAAAUCGACGGAUCCACGAAAUCCGCAGAUUUAUUAUUUCCAGAUGCACGUCUGCGUCAAUUAUUACUGGGUUAUCAUGCAUCGAAACACGCACUCCCGCGAGUUCCAGCGUGUAGAACUUAACGCGACCUCAUCCGUAAGCUCUUCGUUACUUGUAAAACUAAUCCGCUUUCCUUAUCGCUUAUUGAGGAUCAUUCCAUAAUUAUUAUCAACACGUAUACAUAAUUUCCUCUCAAUUUUUCCGCCAGUGCCUAUACGCAGCAUCAACUUCGUUGUAGUGCCUCUAUGUUUUUCGAGAGGUUUUCCACCUUCGUUUACGUUUUUUUUAACAACGUAUUGUAACUUGCGUAAGUUUGACGUUGGAUAAGGCUGCUCGCGUGUCUGUCCUAUGAAGAGCAGCGGUUUCUUUUCGACAGCAAUAAAUUUGGAUAUUAUAUUUUGAA